AGGCCUACUACAUCUACAAAUAUAUGGAUCUAUUAAAAUGGCAAAAAGUUUCAUGAAACACCGCAUUGGGAAUCUGAAAGAUGACCGACAACAUAACUGAGUUAGAUUUGGGAGUCUAAACUAGAUUCUAGAUCUGGAUGAAAAAGUUAUUGCGAUAUCUUAGUUGAUUUUAAACGUAACAAAUACAACAUAUACAAUGCAAAAAACCAGAUUUAAUAACACACAAUAAAAAAAAGAAUGUUAUAGCAAGUGUUUUGAAAAUGUUACCUUAUUAACAGUAUUGGUGUGAAAAUAAUUUUAUGGCAUUCUUCUGUGACAAGUGCUGCUCCUGAAUUUAUUUAUUGUGUGUUGUGACUGAUGAGACUUACGAUUGUAAUAUAUAUUAAUUUAACACAAGAUGGUUUCUUAUAAACGUGAUGUGAGGAUACUUCUUGUUGGUGAUGAAAAGGUGGGCAAGACUUCACUUAUUCUCUCCCUUGUCAGCGAAGAGUUUGCAGAGGAGGUGCCAGCACGAGCAGAAGAAAUCACUAUUCCUGCAGAUGUUACCCCAGAACAUGUACCCACAUGCAUUGUGGAUUAUUCAGCCCAAGAUCAAGAUGAAGAUGUGUUACAGGAAGAGAUUAAAAAAGCUAGUGUUGUGUGUAUAGUGUACUCUGUAGUGGACGAGGACUCUAUUCAAAGGUUAACAACAUACUGGCUGCCUUACAUCCGUUUUACCCUUGGUGAUGAUCAUCACACACCAGUAAUACUUGUAGGAAACAAAGUAGAUCUUACAGAUAUUCAAACAUUAGAGAGUAUUCUUCCUAUUAUGAAUGACUUUGGUGAAGUGGAGACGUGUGUUGAGUGUUCUGCCAGAACUUUGAAAAACAUUAGUGAAGUAUUUUAUUAUGCACAAAAAGCUGUGUUGCACCCUACAGCACCAGUUUACAAUCCUGAUGAAAAGGAGCUGACAAGUCAAGCAAAGAAAGCUCUUACCAGAAUUUUUCGUAUUUGUGAUAUGGACAAUGACAAUGUGCUCAGUGAUAAUGAAAUCAACAUGUUUCAGCUAAAAUGUUUUAACUCACCACUUCACCCUCAAGCACUGGAAGAUGUUAAGGCCAUAGUGAGGAAAAAUGUCCCUGAUGGUGUCCAGGAUGGAAUCACACUUAAAGGCUUUCUGUUUCUACACACACUUUUUAUACAGAAAGGACGGCAUGAAACAACAUGGACAGUGCUUAGAAAAUUUGGAUAUGAUGAUAGUUUACAGUUGACUGCAGAAUAUCUUUCUCCCAAGCUACUAGUUGGAGUAGGCAGUACAACAGAAUUGACAGCUCAGGGCUAUGAAUUUCUGGUUCGUCUGUUUGACAAAUAUGAUGAGGACAAAGAUGGGUGCCUGUCUCCAACAGAACUACAAAAUGUAUUUAGCACAUGUCCACUAAUGCCUUGGGGUCCAGAUGUCAAUAACACAGUCUGUACUAAUGGUGAAGGCUGGAUAACACUUGAUGGCUAUCUCGCACAGUGGACAUUGACAACCUUACUUGAUGUGACAAGAGCUAUAGAGUACCUGGCUUAUCUUGGCUAUAAUUAUCAGCAUGAGAGUCAACUUACAGCUAUUCAAGUCACUCGAGACAAGAAGUUAGAUUUGGAAAAACGUCAGACAGCUCGCAAUGUUUUCAGAUGUCAUGUCCUAGGAGCCAAAUCGGUUGGAAAGACUGCCUUUCUUCAGGGAUUGUUACAUAGAAACUUGCGCUAUGUAGCAACACUCAACAGACAGAAUUUAUCUAACUUUACUGUCAACACAGUCCAGGUUUAUGGCCAGGACAAGUAUUUGAUGCUUCAUGAGAUUGAUAUGAUGAUGAGUGAAAUGUUGAGCCCCACAGAACUUGACUGUGAUGUGGCUUGUCUAGUCUAUGAUGUGACCAACCCACACAGCUUUGAGUUUUGUGCCAGGAUGUACAUGAAACACUUCAUUGACUGUAAGAUUCCAACGCUAAUUGUGGCCUCAAAAGCUGAGUACCCUGAGGUCAGACAAGACUAUGAGCUGACUCCAGCACAAUUUUGUAGCCGUUUUAAAUUACCACCAGCUCAGCGGUUCACCUGCAUAGAUAAGGUCAACCACGAUGUUUAUGUGAAGUUGGCCACCAUGGCCGCAUACCCCAACCUGAAGCGUCUGGUGCAUAUGCUGCUGGUACAUCAGCGUCCACUGUGGUUGGAAGAAAGAUUAAGACAUGUGAGAGGACUGUUCCAGUCGUCACCCAACACAUAUCUCCAGGUCAGCCUGGGUCUGGCUGUGGCUGCUCUCUUAGGAUUUACAGUCUAUAAACUGGCUUCAUCUUCUUCCAAAGGAAGAUGAAAUACUUCAAACUUUUGUAAAUAAUAAUUGAAUCCACACAUCAUGUUUACCAUAGCCCAGAACUGAUAUCAAGACCUGUAGUUAUUGUAGCAUUAGUAAAAAGGUUUUUUAACAAUCA